UCAGCCUAUGGAGCAAAGGGUCAGUUCAAGGAAGGUCCCAUUACACAGUGACUGGAGAAGGCGAUGAUACUCUAGUGGAGAAGACUUCCAGGACUUCCAGGCUGCUCUCCAAUCAUAAGAAACCCUAGGUCAUUUAGUCAACAUUAUGACUUUCCAAGGUUCCUCUGCAGCUCUUCUCCUGGUGUCUUUGCUUCUGUCUCCAGCUCUGUGUCACAUCGAGACCCGUGCUCAUGCAGAGGAGAGACUGUUGAAAAAGCUUUUCGUGGCGUACAACAAGUGGUCGCGUCCUGUUGCUAACAUAUCCGAUGCGGUUCUUGUGCGAUUUGGUCUUUCCAUUGCUCAGCUCAUCGAUGUGGACGAGAAGAACCAGAUGAUGACAACCAAUGUCUGGGUGAAACAGGAAUGGCAUGACUACAAGCUGCGCUGGGACCCCCUGGAAUAUGAGAAUAUCACAUCGAUCAGAAUCCCCUCGGAGCUGAUCUGGAGGCCAGACAUCGUCCUGUAUAACAAUGCUGAUGGAGAUUUUGCAGUUACUCAUCUGACCAAAGCUCAUCUCUUUCACGAUGGACGCAUAAAAUGGAUGCCUCCUGCCAUUUACAAGAGCUCCUGCAGCAUUGAUGUCACAUUUUUUCCCUUUGACCAGCAGAACUGCACCAUGAAGUUUGGUUCAUGGACUUACGAUAAAGCAAAAAUUGACCUAAUUAGCAUGCACAAUCACGUUGACCAGCUAGACUACUGGGAGAGCGGAGAAUGGGUCAUUGUCAAUGCUGUUGGCAAUUACAACAUCAAAAAGUAUGAGUGCUGCACAGAAAUAUACUCAGACAUCACAUAUUCCUUCAUCAUUAGAAGGCUUCCUUUAUUCUACACAAUUAACCUCAUCAUCCCAUGCCUUCUCAUCUCCUGCUUGACAGUGCUGGUCUUCUACUUGCCUUCAGAGUGUGGAGAGAAAAUUACUUUGUGUAUUUCAGUGCUACUGUCUCUAACUGUCUUCCUCCUCCUCAUUACAGAGAUCAUACCUUCCACUUCUCUGGUAAUCCCUUUGAUUGGUGAAUAUCUUCUGUUCACUAUGAUCUUUGUUACUUUGUCUAUUAUAAUCACAGUAUUUGUGUUGAAUGUGCACCACCGCUCUCCUCGCACACACACCAUGCCAGCCUGGGUACGUAGAAUAUUCUUAGAUGUGGUACCUCGGGUACUAUUCAUGAAGAGACCAGCAAAAGAUAACUGCAAGAAGCUAAUUGAGUCUCUACAUGCUAGACGACUCAGUCCUCCACCCAGGCUGUGGCCUGAGACUGAGAUUGAACCAGCCUUCCAGAGCUCAUCAUCAGCGAGUCCCACCAGUCAGAGAGCCUCACCUACAUCUUCCUGCUGCCACCAGCUAGAACAAACAGCCAACACCCAAGUGAUCUGCAAGUCACCAUCAGGGCAAUAUUCAAUGUUGUGUGAAGAAUCAACACUGACUAGUUGUCCUUCUCCACAAAAUAAGACCCACCUUCUUGCAGAGCCUCAUACCAACCUGAUGCCAAAAGUACGUUCUGUAAGUGUCCAACAGAUGUACACCCCCAAAGAAAUCAAUGAGGGCACAAUUCGUUGUCGCUCCAGAAGCAUACAGUACUGCUACCUUCACGAGGAUUCCUUUCAGACCAAUGGCCAAUCCAGCAACUCUCCAUUGUCUCAGAGAUGCCAUGUUAAUGAAGGACAGCAAGGGAGUCAAAACUCCCAAUGUAAAUGCAAGUCCAAAACUCAAGAAAAACCAAGUGGUGCCAGUCAAGUUACCAAAACGAUUAGUGCCAAAGAGCAGCAUGUACUUCUAAUGUCCCCAUCUCUCAAGCUGGCCAUAGAAGGAGUACACUACAUUGCAGACCACCUGAGAGCAGAGGACACUGACUUCUCUGUAAAGCAGGAUUGGAAGUAUGUCGCUAUGGUGAUUGACCGAAUCUUCUUAUGGAUGUUUAUCAUCGUCUGCCUCUUGGGAACCGUUGGACUGUUCCUCCCACCUUGGCUGGCCGGAAUGAUAUAA